UUUUAACAUCAGAACUAUGUUAAAGACCUGAGUGAAUGAAAUGAAUGAAUUAAACCAGGUGAAGCAGCUGCUAUAGAUCCAUAGACUUGUCACUCCUCACCUUUCAGGUGGGCGAUGACAUCAUGAGUCGGUGGCGUCGUUCGGUGGAUGAGCUCGCUGCACGGCGCCGGCAGCAGGGUGAAUGCGAGCGAGCGCAGGAGGCUCUCAGUAGAGUCACCUCUUGUUUCCAGCAGCUGGCGGCAUCGCUCGGCAGCUCAGCAGACUGCAGCUUCCUGCGAGACGAGAUGGACGAAACGAGGGUGCUCGCUCAUCGGAUCUGCAGUGGUCUUUCCCGGCGUCUGGUGCGUCUGCUGUCAGACUGUGACUCCAACCCCUCAGGUAUAGAGGACAGGCAGGUGUCAGAACGGCUGUGGGUUGUCUUUCUGUCAGCUUUGGAGAACUUCCUGUCUGACCUCCAUAAAGCGAGCGAUCUGAUUGGAAAGUUCCCUCUGACUCAGCGCUAUGACAGACGCUCAUUGGUCAACACAGGAUGUAUCGAUGGCAUGGUGGGUGUGGCAGCCCGGGUGGCUUUAGUCCAGGUGCCGUGGCUCACUUUGGAGGAGCAGCCGAGUCCUGAUCUGAACAAUCACAUCGGAGGAUUGGAGGCCAUGCUGAGUGAGAUGCAGCUAAGGGUGCCUGUUGCAUUCUGGUCAGUGGAAGCGUCCCAGCCGGCCUGGGCCGAAGCACGCGGUGAACUGGAAGAGCUGGAUGACAGCCUGGAGGACCUGAUGGAGGUUGAGGUCGCCUCACACAACAAAAACAAGAUGGCUGUCUGUUGCCAGCCACCGUGCUGCGGACUGGGCUGUAUCAGCUAGAGGCAGUAGGACGGGGGAGUCCCGGCUCACACUGCUGACAUCAACAUGAUCUGGCCGCUGGUCUUUGAAUGUGAAGCAAAGAAAAAAGAUUUUCAUAGAAUCUGGAAUUAACUCAUUAGACUCUGCUGUUGCCUAUGAAUAAAUGUUGAGAAUGUAUUUUUAAGAUAAAUUUAUGACACUG